AUGGACACUUUGUGUAAUAUGAUCAUCGUUGUCGAACAAAAUGAUGUACUUAUUUUAAACAAAGUCACCAAGAAAAUGAAUGCAGAUUACUCAUUCACCGAUCCAACGUGGAAGUUACCUUCGAUAGCAAACCCUAGUAGUAUGCACUCUGGCACGUAUGAUGCAUCACAAUUACCACCUAGCCAAAACGUGAAUGAUGAUACGUCAACUUGGAAUAAUCAACCAAGUAAUGUUCGAUAUAAUCCUCCAAUAAAUCAGCAAGAACAAGGAGAGUAUUAUAGUCAAUCGGAUCCGUAUUCUCAACCACCACCACCUCAGUCUUAUCAGCAGCCGGAGCAACAAUUUUUUCAAUCGGGUCCUCCUGUUUCUCAACAUCAUCCUCCUCCUCCUCCUCAACCUCAAUCAUAUCAACAGCCUGAACAGCAGUUUUUUCAACCUCGUCCUUCUGUCUCGCAUCUUCCUCAUCAACCACAUCAACAACAUCAUCAACAACAACAAGAAAAACAGUUUCCCCAACCCGUUCCCCCUGCUUCUCAUCUUCCUCCUCCACCAUAUCAACAACCAGAGCAGCAGUUCUUUCAACCUGGUCCUCCUGCCUCGCACCCCUCUCAUCAAUCGUAUCAACAGCCAGAAGAAAAUUUUAUGCAUAAUCGAUUUCCUCCAUCUCGUCCUCAAAUUGGAGAACGGUCGAAGCCACCUGGACCUCCUGCUCCCUCCCAGCCUCCUCAGUUCUAUCAACCCUCAAGGGAACGUUUUAUAGAACAGAAUGCAUCACAACCUCCGCCAGUGCCUCAUCCUCAGUUCAGUCAACAAUCCACUAAUCAACACAGAAAUGUCGUCAACCAUGGCGACAACUUUGAUUUUGCGCAUAAUACUAACACUGAAUAUCACAUGUCAAGACAACAACAACAACAACAACAACGUAAUCAUGGACUUCCCAACGAACAGUAUAACAAUCAAGGAGCUAAUUUUCCACCGUUACCUCAACCAGCACCCAGACGUUUACAAAAUGCCGAUCAUAACCAUCAAUCAUUCUUUACUGAUUUUGCACCUAACCGAGAGAAUGAUCACUCAUUGGAAAUGCACAACUUUGAACAGAAGACGAAGUCACAUGGUCACUCGAGUAACGAUGAUAUGUUCGAUUCGAUCCAUUCCAAUAAUCAUCGUUCAAAUAAGAUGAAUAUUCACGAAUAUCUUUAUGGACUGUCGGUCGCUGAUUCUGGUAGCUAUGUAAAAACAUUCAAAAAUCAACGCCGUCUCCUAAGUGAUGAACGAAACAAUCAUCGAGGAGUGAUGAAUGAAUAUAAAAGUUUUCUUCAAAAUGGUGGUUUCGGUCCCCAAUUCGGCAAAGUUAACCAGCAGACACUGCAAGAAAAGAUGGAGAUAGAAAAUAAGAAGAAGUUAUAUUCAAGACAAGUCCGAGCGAUCAACCAACAGAAAAUUGAAGAUCAAAUGCGAUUGAAAAACAGCGGCGAACAAUUACGAAAUCGAACAUACGCCGCGCCUGUCAUUCAACAUCGUCGACAACAUGAACUUACUUCUCACCUUUUAUUCACACCGGAAGUGAAAGAAUUCGAACGAAAAAUCAAACGUGAUCAUGAUGCCAGUUGUAAAUGUUCUUUGCAUUCACGACCAUUUCAUUCGUCGGCUUAA